GAACGCGCGCAGCGGGGAGCCGAUGCUGAAAAAACAGCAGCAAGCAGCAGUGGUGAAAAUUUAUUUUCUUCAAGACGACGACGACAGACACAGAAGUGCAAGUGAAUCCGAGCGCGACGCGUUGAGUGCUUGCUGUCUGGUUUUUCGCUUACUUUCGGUGGAAAAUGCAUCCGUUCCGGUCCGCGGUGGUCCGUUUCGCGUAGCCAGUGAUGUAACAGAUUCGGGGUGGGCGCCCAAAAGUGGAGUUUUGUGCGAUUUUUCCUGUGAAAUUGAUGAAAGCAGCCGCCCACCAUUAUUGAAGUGAAGUGAAGUUAAAAGGGAGGAGGUGGCGGAACGCUGCCUGGAUUGAAUUUGCGUGAAUGGGACGAAACCCGAUUCGGGGAAGCAGGAAGCAGUCAGUGAAUGGAUGAAAAGCUCGCGAUAAAAAUUGGGUGUGUUAGUGAAAAAGGUGAAGUUCCUAUUCUUAAGAAACCCAUUCGCUACCAGCCCUGUAGUGACAAUCGUUGCCACAGCUCUAUGCAGAUUCGGAUUGUGGCCCUUUGGGGUCUUCUGGUGAGCUCCGGGGAAGAAGCUCCGCAGUGAAUGUUUGAAGAUGAUGAUAGAUGUGAGAGAGAAUUGUGCAAAAGUUUAGCCUCAGCCAUCAAAAUCACGAAAGGAGAAGACAUGAACAACAUGCAAUUGUAUGCAGCGCAGUAAAAGUAAAGGCCUACCUACAGCUACAACGCCCCGGAGGAAUGAUGAUGAUUACUCAUGGGUUCGAUGCGGAAGAAGCCAGUGCAAUACCUUGGGAUCACGACGUUUUGUGCCAUUAUGUGGUGAUGCUGAGAAGAGAGACUGCUGCUUCCGUUUGAGACUGCAUCUAAGCGUUAUUGAAGAUUGCAAGGUGGCAAAAAAAAACCGAACACUCCUACGCGACACACACCGAUCAAUCUAGCACAUUGCCAAAAAAGGACUUGCCAUCUCCGGUUCGAGACUUCAGACGGCAACGCGAACGCCGUCUCGAAACAGAUCGAUUGGCGCAAAAACCGCGACUUCAACCAGCGGCAAGAAUAGUGGCAAACUAGUGCGCGGUGUAGUAUCUUCGUGUUCGUAUACGCAGUCGGUGACGAGACUGACGGACGAUCCCUAAUCGACGAGAACCCGAAACCUGGAGGUUGUACUUGUGAAGACCUACGACUUUCGACGAUUGGAUGCGACAAAGCGGUGAGAGAGUUGGGUAACAUUUUGCAGUCACUGAGUUGCACUCCGAAGCGGAGUUAGUACAAGUGUGUGAACGAUCGUAACUUUCUGGUGCAAUUCUGCGGUGGACGAAUAGCGGAGGAAAAGAGAAACGAUGGAAGCGCAAUGUUAGUCCACAACGUGGUUCAGGAGGAAAGCAGUAUCGCGAUGACUAAGCGAUUGGACGCAAACGCGCAUUAAUAAAUGGAUCGAGUUUGGAGAAUCAAUUAAGACGUACAACAACGCUAAUAAAAAUAGUGGAGCAUUAACGCCUCGAUGGCCUCGUCGAUGAAUGGGAAAAUAGCCAACGGUAAAAUGUCGAACGGUGAUGACAUCUACGAAAACCUACCGUGUCGGGAGCUGCGCAACGGAACAGGUGAAGAGGAUGAGGAGGAAGGUGGCAGUGCGACUGCCAGUGGAGGAGUAGACGAUGAGUGCGCCUCAGGCAGGGGACAUCACCAGCAGCACGAAAAUAACAACAAAAUACAGAACAAUUUGGCCAUGAACAGCAAAGACAGUCUGUACGCGACACCACUGAAGAAAUCCGAUCGUCCAAAACCGCCGCAGGGGGCAACCCCAAAAGCACCGCUCCAAUCGGCGGCUGGUGACCAUCGUCGCUCGACGCGUGCCGUCGACGAUAAUUUAAACAAUAGCUGUCCGGAUAGGGACGUGAAGAUAAUUAACGCCGAACUGGAGGACAGGCGAAUACGGGACUUCCUAAAAGACACCUCCCAAAUGCACAAAAAGAUCGAACUGCACAAAGAAUACCAAGGCUCGAACUUUUCCUACCUGGCGCGGAAAGAGCAUUUCGCGAAUUUGGUUCAGCAAAACGUUUUGAACGAUUCAAUGAAUGGCGGCCCUCAAUCGAAUGAAGACCAAAUCGAUCACUCCCUUCUCGGUUACAAAACCCUAGCCAACGAAGAGGAGGACAAGAAUUUGGAUGUAGAUAUAAAUGAGUCGCUGGAUGAGCUCGAGGCUCGAUGCAAUGAAAAGCUAGAAAUGCUCACCAAUUUACACAGGAAUCGUUCUGCUGAGAGAAGUCAAGAAGACAACGAGCAACUUGACCUAGAACCUGCGCCUUUGAAUCCUCCUCUAAGUCAGAAACCUCCUUCUGGCAACAACCAGCUUCUCAACGGCCGUGGAUCCCACCAGGAAAGCAGUAAUCGAUCCGCAAAGGUCUACGAUCCGUCUCUCAGUUCGGAAAUCAAUGCCUAUUUGAACCGCGAAUGGGUUCUCAAAAAGAUUGCCAUGUGCUUGGAGCAACGAGCAUCCAAGAAACCGGUUCCAGUACCGCCUGGCGUGGAACCUGCCGAAUGUGUGCCAUCUUCUACAUCGGGAUUUUUCCCGCGAGCUCAACCAGUACAACCGUCAAGUCGCGGGGCCGAUCUCCCUUCCCUCGGGUACUUAGUCUUGGGAUCCAAUGGAUCCGGCAAAACAUCGAUCUGCAACGACAUCAUCGACGGAACUUCCGGCACCAAAGGUAUGCUCAACCGACGCCUCCUGGCGUGUUACUUUGUAAAUUCUCAGAACCCCGAGUGUCACAGUCUGAGCAUGUUCAUCCGUAGUAUUAUCCUACAAAUCCUGAGCCACUCGAGCUUUAUCUGCACAGCCACAGCCAACCUAAACGCUGCUCCUAAUUCAAACGAUCUCACGUGUAACGAUGUUGAACCUCAAUCGAAAAUUAGCAGUAAUGAAGCUCUGCCGGAGGCAGACCAAAAACCUCCGGAAGCCGCCGAAGCCAAAGCUGACGAGAAGGAAAAUGUCGAAUACGACGAAGAACUGGAGGAAAUGAUCCUGUCGGAAAUCAAAAUCAACGAGCGGGUCGCCGAGUUCUGUUCCAAGAAGAAAAUAUGUCGCCAACAGUCCGAACCGGUGGAAAGUCUUAGCCGAGACAAGGAAAUGCCCAACUACCCGUACACUACUCAUCCUCCCCUGCAAAAAACACAAACCGUCGAUGAAUCGAUUACGAAGAAAGACAAAACGAUGAGUCCCGGUCGAUCAAAAGUGUCCAAAAUCCCCGUGGCGAUCGGAAGCAGCAUACGCUCACCAACCAAAAUCACCCCAAGCAAAGAACCCCCUAAAUCCGAAGCGGACUCCGAGGAAAUCAUGGACGGUGGUGGCGAAGGCAUUGCCGAUCUGUCCGAUAUCAAACUGGACGAGGAAAUCAACGAGGAGGUCCCCACGGAGAUCAAAAAUCUCGAACCGGAAAAACCUCAGCCUUCGGCCCCGGCGGAAGAAUCAUCGUCCCCAGUAGAACCCGCCAACAUUCCGCCACCGUUACCAAAGUCGAAAAACUGCCGGCAAGUCAUUGCCGACGGGUACUACGAAAUGCUGCUAAGCAAUCCGGACAUCUUUGAGUCCAUAACCGUCGACAGCAUCGAGAAGAACCCGGAUGAUUGUUUCAAGAAAGCAAUACUGUUUCCCCUGUUGGAACUCUGCCCGCCCAAGAAUGCCUUGCUGCUGCUGAUCGAUUCUAUCGACGAGAACUAUAUCCAGGAUGGGAACCUCAUCUCUACUCUCAAAGGCAAACAGGUCACCAAGAGUCGGAACAUUGCCGAGCUGCUCUCCAACCACAUACACCUGAUGCCUAAGUGGCUGUUCAUGGUCUGCACUGCGAAGAAGCAGAACAAAAACAUUACCAAAUUGUUCACCGGGUUCAAGCGACUCACGCUAGACGACCUGCGCAAGAGCCACGUGGUCAAAGACGUCCAGCAGUACAUCAUCAAUAGACUGAAUACGGAUUUCCGUGGCAUCAAUCUUACCAAAGAUAUUAUUGAAAGUCUGAAUCAGCUCUACAUCAAAUCCAACGGGUGUCUCCUAUACCUGUACAAAGUCCUAACCGGAAUCAAGGAGAACUUCUUCACCUUCCGGGAGAUAAAGCUUAUCCCGUGCACUCUGAAUGGGCUCUACCUGUACAUUUGCCAAAAGUCAUUCAACAAGAAGCAGUAUAACAAAAUCCGACCCAUCCUGAACAUCCUCCUAGUGUGCAACAACUACGUCGACAAGUACUUCCUCUUCAACUGUUUGCGCACCCACAACUACUCCCUCGAAAUGGAAGAGUUCGAAAAACGCCUUGAUCUCAUGCGGAACAUCGUCGAGUACAGUCCUCGCAAUCCCUACGCGUUGAAAAUCUUCCACAACUCGUUCUGCGAUUGGCUUAUCGACGUCAAGUUCUCCACCAAGAAGUUUCUCUGCGAUCUGAACGAGGGCCACGUCAUGGUCUCCAUGUACUACACCAUGGUUGCCGACCAGCUCUGUCCGAACAAGCUUCGCCUCUAUCUGUACCACCUCAUAAAAACCGGCGAGUAUCUCACCAACAAGAACAUCGACCUCGAUCUGCUCCUCAUUCUGCUGGAAACCAAAUCCAACCUGAGCGAUUGCUUCUACACUAAUCUGCUCAACUGUUGCGCCCUGUGCGAGGAUGAGUGCAAAAACGACGUCAAUCUGGCGGCCAAGACGCGCCAGAUGCUCGAGCGCUACCUGAACGCCGAGCUCAACGAGGAAUUCAUCGGGUUCCUGAACGAUUUCUUCAAACCGAAUCUCCCGACUGACUGCAAAGUGCUCAAGCUGCUCAUCGAGACGGGCAUCAACAAUGCGGAUACGGUGCUGUCGUGCGAAUCGUCGGCCAUCAAUUCUCCGGUGUUGUCCGACCGGUCGCAGAACAUCGAUUCCGAACUGGCCGAGCUGCUGAUCUCGAGCGAGAAGAGCUGCCAACAGGAGUUGCAGAAGUCGAUCAACUUGAAUCUGCAGCCGUGCAUGGGUGGGGAUCAACUGAGCUUGGUAGCUGCUGGUGGUUCCGGGGGAUUUGGGGUGGAUAGGUACGACGGUGGACAUCAUGAGAUGGUGGAAAGAUGCGAGAGCGGAGUGGGAGGGGGUGAUGGAAGUGGCAUCGGGGACUCCAAGUCCGACAUUCAAAACGAUCGGGUGCAGUAUGAUAUGUUCGAUGCGGAGCUGCACAAGGGCAAGGCGUUGAUUCACAUAUUGGCCAACGAAGGAAACCAUACGCUGCUAGAGCGGGCGUUAAAUGCCUGCAAGGACCCGAUUGACCUGGAAAUCGAAGAUCUCAACGGCCAAACGGCGCUCAACAUUGCCGCACGCAACGGGCACAUCGAAAUCGUCCGGCUCCUACUGUACUACAAGCAGCCCCUCAACGACGGUACCGGUCGAUUCCGGAAGAUUGACGUGAAUCACGCGGAUCGGGACGGCUGGACACCGUUGCGAUCGGCUUCCUGGGGAGGGCAUACGGAUGUGGUGAAGCUACUGAUCGAGAGUGGUGCCUGUGCAAUAGACCGUGCCGAUAAGGAAGGCCGAACGGCUCUGCGGGCUGCGGCCUGGAGUGGAAACGAGGACAUCGUCAAGAUACUGAUCGAGGCCGGAGCGAACGUGAACUCGAUCGAUAAGCAGGGUCGGACGUCGCUUAUUGCAGCUUCCUACAUGGGGCAUUACGAUAUCGUGGAGAUCCUGUUGGAGAAUGGAGCCGAUGUAAACCAUACGGAUUUGGACGGAAGAAACGCGUUGUGCGUUGCGGCCUUGUGCGGAAGUUCCGGAUAUAGUAAAGUGAUCUCAACUCUGUUGGAGUAUGGCGCAAACACCGAUCAAACGGAUAAUGAAGGAAUGUCCCCGCUUCUGGUAAGUUCAUUCGAAGGCAAUUCGGAAAUUUGUGAAUUACUGCUGGAAAACGGUGCGGAUCCCGAUAUGGCUGAUCAUAUGGGUAGGACUCCCCUUUGGGCAGCCUGUACUUCAGGUCACGCUAACGUCGUGAAGCUGCUGCUGUUUUGGGGAUGUGGAAUCGAUUGUAUGGAUUCAGAGGGUCGAACAGUUCUGAGCGUAGCAGCUGCUCAGGGUAAUUUGGAAACUGUGAGGCAGCUUCUGGAUCGAGGCUUGGAUGAAACGCACCGAGAUAACGCAGGAUGGACACCUCUGCAUUACGCGGCUUUCGAAGGAUAUGCCGACAUUUGCAUUCAACUGCUGGAAUCCGGUGCCAAGAUUGAUGAAUGUGAUAAUGAAGGCAAAGCUGCUCUGCACUUGGCGGCCCAAGAAGGGCACAACGCUGUGCUGGAAGCAAUUUUGAACGUCCAUCGGCCUUGCAUUGAUCAACGAGCUCACGAUGGUAAGACAGCUUUCCGGUUGGCCUGUUUAGAAGGACACUUUGAGUGCGUUCAAACGCUACUUAAGUUUGGCUGCGAUGUGAAUUCAAAGGAUGCCGAUUCCCGUACAACGUUGUAUAUUCUGGCUCUGGAGAAUAAGCUCAAGGUGGUGAAGUUCCUGCUGGAAUACUCGAACGUUGACGUCAACAUUCCGGACAGCGAAGGUCGAACGGCACUACAUGUAGCAUCCUGGCAGGGUCACGCCGAAAUGGUGAAACUGCUGAUCACGUUAGGAAACGCCGACGUCAACGCCAUGGAUCUCGAGUCGCGGACUCCGCUGCAUUCGUGCGCCUGGCAGGGCAAUCACGAGGUGAUGCAGCUGCUGCUGUAUUACGGUGCCAUUCCGGAUCAUGCCUGCAAGCAGGGUGCCACGGCACUGGGCAUCUCCGCCCAGGAAGGACACGAAAAGUGCGUUACCUAUUUGCUCAAAUACGGCGCAAACCCGUAUAAAUCCGAUCACUGUGGUCGAACGCCAAUAAAAUUGGCCGCGAAAUCCAACCGAAACAACGUUCUCCGAAUAUUGGAGAAUUUCACCAAAAACGACCUGGACGGCGGUAAAAUGGCAGCCCACCAGAGCCUGAACUUCAAAUCCCCGGACGAGCUACCGCUGUCAUCCUCGAUACACAACCCGUCGCCUUCGGGCCCCUUUCCGAAUCCGAAUUUGCUGAUGCCCAGCAACAGUAUCGGCGGCAGCAGCAGCAACAACAAUAACAAUAACAACAACUCCCCGUCGCUGAAUGCAACGACGAGCUCAACGCAGAACAGUAACUUCUACGAAAAUACGAUGCAAUCGGACAACAGUAGCCUGCAGAAGCGGAAAAGUGUCAUCUCUAGUCAAUCCACUGGUAGUAGCAAUGAGCAAGCCCCAAUGUCUUUCACGCAACAGCUGCAGAAGCACUCCCGACAUCACAACUCUAAGUCGCACCACAUUGUCCAGCAGCAGCAUCAACCGCACCAGCAGCAGGUCUCCGGUGCGGGCAACAGCGGCACUAACAACAAGUUCGGAGGCAAAAAACAUUCCCAAAUGCUGCCAAACGUGGAGGAGUACCAGACAAAUAUCGCUUCAAACAUUCGAAUGAACCACCCGAACGACGCGGACCUCUUUGAUCUGGGCUGUAUGUCUCCGCUGUACGCGACUCCACCGCACUCGCCAAGCAGCGACGUGAGCUCACCUGGCCAGAAUCAACCGCCCUCGUCGCUGGCCCUGCUCGGCAAACAGUUCGAAGAGAUGAACAUCAGUCUGUCGAACAAUAGCACCAUUAUGCACCCGCCGGAUAACCACUUUGCGCGGGACACCCACAUGCGCAUCAUCCUGGGGAACAACCAGAAGGAGCAACAGCAGGGAGGAAAAUCCUCGAAGCGCAGUGGCAUCGCAACGAAUCCGGCCAUGCGGCUGAUUCGCAACCGGAUCGACUCGGCUGCCCAGCUGAUCCGGAGGACGAACAACAUGCUGUCGAGUGGCGGCAGCAACCAGGGUUCGUCCAGCAUAGGAGUCAAAUCCGGCACGUUCCAGUGGCGCAAGGAGAGUCAAAUGUAGAUCUUUCCAGGAACAACAGGGGUUUUCGAAUCUUAAGUCGUGAAAAGCACUCAAAUACCGAGAAGAAGAUGAGCACUUGAAACAGUGUUGCACAUAGAAGAAAGUAUUAAUCGAACAAAUUUUCCAAAAAAACAAAGAGACUGUACAGUACUGAAACAUACAAAAAAGCAGAAAAUGGCGCCUACAGAAUCUACCCAAUUUUAUGGACAAUUGUGGAUUGCGAUGUGUCGUGGGUACUGACCUUUCGAUUGCGGAAGUGGUUGAAAUUCUGUAACGAGCGAGACCUGUUGGGUAAGCAUUUAUUUUUUCUGGCUAUAGAAUUUAGAAAGUUUGGAAACUUAAUCCACUUGAAACUGAGUACGUAUAUAGACUACUUUAGGCAACACACAAUAGAAAGAUCAAAAAACGAAAGGGAACGACUGUUAGAGAUCGUGAACAGAGGAUGCACCAAUAUGUUGUGAAGCGCACUUUUACUCGGUAUUUAGGACAAAAGAGUAUACCAAACAGAAACAGCAGCUAGGUUCGAAAUGUAUUCAUUGAUAAUACUCGGUCGGUUAGUGGUAAAGAAAGGCUAGAAAUAACGACACUUGUUACACAUAGUACAGCAACAGAUGUACAGUAGAUGGCGCAGUUUUAGGUUUGUCGUUCACAAUUUCAUAUGUUUUUCAAGUCAGUGCCAUUUCUUUUCGGAUUUAUAUGUUUUGUUGAGUUUUCAAUUGUGAUUAUCCAGCACUAGAAAAGUACGUGUGUCCAUAAUUUGUUAUUUAUUACCAUACAAAUACAACAGACUAAAUUUUAUUUCAAAAUGGCGCCACUAUUCGAUAAACGCGGACUUCUAGAAGAAG